AUGGUCCAUGCUGAGAAUGUGAACAUGACUACCCGCUCACCGGCCACCCCUCCAAGUGCAGGAAAAGUCACCCUCCUCGUUCUCGGAGCCGGCUGGGUGUGGCAAUUUCUGGAGCCCUUCCUCCAAAAGUCAAACAUCACAUACGCCGCCACUACCACAAACGGGCAUGGAGGCACCAUCCCUUUCAAGUUCGAUCUAGAAUCGGACGACCUGGAGAAGGCCUUCAAGAGACUUCCGCGGGCAGAUUAUGUCCUUGUCACCUUCCCAUUGAAGGGGAAGGGGCCAUCGAAGAAGUUGGUGGGCAUGUACGCAGAGACACAUCGACAACACCACGCCGCACACUCUGGCUCGGCUACUACAGCGGGUCAAGGCGAUGAACGAAGCGAUGAAGUAGAAGCCACUACGGCUACAAGGACGAAAUGGAUCCAACUGGGCAGCACUGGGAUCUGGACAUCCCCAGGUUUCGUCGAUAGCAACUCGCCAAUCGAUCCGUCAAAUGAGAGGGGAAUUGCAGAAGAUGAGCUCAUCUCCUUGGGCGGUUGUGUGUUGAACCUUGCGGGUCUGUAUGGCGCACAGAGACAGCCUGGCAACUGGAUUGCACGGGUAGCAAAGACGAAGGAACAGCUUCGCGAGAAAGGGGCGUUGCAUCUGAUCCACGGGGUGGAUGUUGCAGGAGGCGUAAUUGGAGUCAUCAACGCAGAUCGCAUGGCGCCUGGUGAGACUGUCGACACCGAGCAGUUCAGGACGAGGCACUUGUUUGGCAGGAGGUGGAUUGUUGCAGACUGUGUGAGCUAUGAUUGGUGGGGUGUUGUGUGGGAUUUCAAUGGGGACUCAAGUGAAGACAGUCACAUAGACGAGGAAGACCCAGAACAGCUGGCGAAACUGGACGAAAGAACGAAGUAUCGACGUUGGGUGAUGGAGUUGAUGCAGGACAGUGGCGUGAGGGCGCUACCGAGGCCGCCGGAGGCACUGGGCAGGAAGCUGGAUGCCCGCGAGUUUUGGAAUGCGAUUGGAAUUCUUCCACAAAGGACAUUGAGGAGAUGAGGCCGCUUUGUCGAAGAGAAUUGGAUGUAGUCAGCACUUCGCCGCAUCGACUGGAUGUGACCAACGCCAUAUGUCCUCGACAGGAAGGUUCUGACCACAACACUCACUGCUACCACACCCAGCGUCACUUCGACGGCAUGGAAGCCGUCCAGGCAACCGCAUUCACCUCUACCGAGACAUAAGAGACAAACAUGAAGGUGGGGGCAAUCAAGAAGUUGCAAGGUGAACUGUAAACCUCCAAUCCAAUGCAAGUAGAAGGAGGGAAACCUGAGAAAGGACCAAACGGAAAGGAAGGGAUGCUCCAGAAUCAGGACCUUUGGCAUGCACGAACUAGUUAUGCCUCCGACCUAUAGCGAAGAAGCUCAAAUUCUGUACAUGGAGC